UGGGGGGGUCUGUGACGUCACAAAGAAGGGCCCUUCCCCUCCCGCAGCGGGGGCGAGCCCGGGAGCGGGGGAGUCUCAACACCCCCCGUCCGGCUUUGCGGGGCGCUCUUAAAGGGCCAGCGCCGCCCCCGCGCAGCGGCGACGGGGAGGCGCGUGCUGCCGGUGGACGAGGGGCGCAAGGAGAUCGACAGGGACGCCAUGCCGCAGAAUUGCGGAGCCGGUCUGGCCUUGCCUAGGGGCCUGGCUGCUCGCCCAGCUGGGACGGGCUCGGUUGGGUCUUGGAGAACCGAGAAGGUCUUUAACCCUGUGAUGGCCCCUCGUUCAGACACUUCCAGCCUGCGAGGGACCCUGGGGACCAUCUGGUUUGGCCUCCCGCCUAACCCAGGCCAGACGUCCCCACUGGGCUUCCCCCUCCCCAAGACUGACGUGAGGUGGAUGGAGCGAGGGGAGGAGCCGUGGGGCCCUGAUCUCCCCUCUCCCGAGGCUGGGGGGACCCCCGGUGAAACCCACACAGCAGCUACCGGGGCAGCCGCGUUCCCGGCCCCCCGCCGCAAGCCGGCCGGCCGCUCCUACCAGUGCCCGGAGUGCGGGAAAUCCUUCCGGCAGAGCUCGCACCUCCUCCAGCACCAGACCACGCACACGGGCGAGCGCCCCUACCGCUGCCCCGACUGCGGCCGGGCCUUCAGCCAGAGCUCCGACCUGGUGCGGCACCAGCGCGUCCACACGGGCGAGCGCCCCUACCGCUGCCCCGACUGCGGCCGGGCCUUCAGCCAGAGCUCCAACCUGCUCCAGCACCGGCGCGCCAGCUCCGGCGCCCGCCCCUUCCGCUGCGCCCAGUGCGGCAAGGACUUCGGCCGCAGCUCCCACCUGCUCAAGCACCAGGCCACCCACUCCGGCGAGCGGCCCUUCGGCUGCGCCGACUGCGGCAAGCGCUUCGGCCACAGCUCCAGCCUGCUCCAGCACCGGCGGGUCCACGCCGGCCAGCGGCCCUUCGGCUGCGCCGACUGCGGCAAGAGCUUCCUGCAGAGCUCCGACCUGCUCAAGCACCGGCGGGUCCACACCGGGGAGAAGCCCUACACCUGCGGGGAGUGCGGGCGCGGGUUCAGCCAGCGCUCCCACGUGGUCAAACACCGCCGGGUCCACAGUCGGGGCAAGCCCUGAGAGGGCGGGGGGCUAGAUGGGAGGUGAUCUGGGGAGAGAUGGGAACAGAUGAGCAGGAGGGAGGUUAGAUCGGGAGAAGACGGCCUAUGGGGACAGUUCCCACGGGGGACAGCUCCGGCCACCGGACUCCUGAGAGACUCUGCCAUGGGGCAGCCCAGGACACAGGAACACCCAUCCCCCUCCACGGCACAGACAUCCCGACUGACGAGGUCACCAGGGGGCUCUCGGUGCCAGCUGGACAGAGGAAACACCUGGCUGAGGGGGAAGCUUGGGGCUCAGCAGCGUCUUGGCCACAGACGGAGACACUCAGUGGGGAGUUACACACGCUGCUUAGGGUGGUGCGGGAUGGUGGGAAGGCGAUGAGGAUGUCAAGUGGGGUGUCUGCCGUGGGGAGGGGUGGAGGCAAGCUCCCAAAUUCUCCCCAUCCCCUCCCUAAGACCCAACUCCCAUCUGCCCACUGUACCCCCAAAUCCCCUCCCAGCCCCCCCAGAUCCUCUCCCUGCCCCCUCAGCUACACCCUGUCCCCUCAUCCAUUCUCUGCACCCAAAUCCCUCCCUGCCCCAUAGCCAUGCCCCCCCCAAAUCACCUCCAAUCCCCUCAGUUAUUCCCCCUGCCCCCUCUAGCCAUUCCCCUGUCCCCUAAAACUGGAUGGGCCCAUGGGUCUGAGCCGCGGGAUGGUCUGAGGGAGGAGGUGGGAUACCGGGCUAGAUGGGCCCAUGGUUCUGACCCAGGGCUGCGGGUCAAAUCCUUCUCUCUCCAGCUGGCCCCGGGGUUCCCUAGCUCGGUUCCCCCAAAGCCCAGGCCCCUCCGGGACAGUUCAGAGCAUGGUUCCCGGUGACGUCAGCGCCCGCUGCGAACUCGGGGUGAAUUUUCUUCGUCGCCGGUGCGAGGAGACGGCUGAGUGGGGAGCUCGGGGUGCGUCGCGCCCGGGCUCUGGGCAGGAGGCCAAUAAAUACAGGCUGAGAGAAA